AAGAACCAGCAUUCUCACUCGUGUAACAGGUGUCCCACCAUCGCGGCCGGGUACUACCUAAGCGGAAGACCCGCUAGACUGACCCACUGACCCAGUUGGCACGUUCUGCUGACCAACAGUACACACACAUACACACAAACGUAUCCUUCAGUCGACGACGGACUGAAUCGGUACCCAUAGAGUCACUGAAGAGGUACCACCUUCCGUAUCGGUAGUACCCGAAUCAGAAAAAAAUAGACGCGUCUCGAAAAAACACAGUUGUUUACUUAGUACUUUGGUAAUUGAAAAUUUAAGACUUUCUUCCGGGUAGUACCGUCAUAUAUUAUCGUAGCGUGUAAAAAAUAGUUGUCAUGUAAAUUUAUUUCGUUAAAAUAUUAGUGUGUUACUAGUACGGGUUCUUCUUUGUGACUGAUUUCGAGUAGUACCAUGGAGAAGUUUAAUGGAUAUUUAUUGAUGGGGUUGUUGGGCUGCGUUGUGGCGUGCUGUGCAUGGGAGAAUGGGAUUGGAAGGAGUGGAAUAUCGAGUACUGGAGAAGAAAGGAAACUGUUUGGAGGUUACAGAAUCACACCAAAACACUGUAAAGCCACAAAAGCAUCUACGACGCCAUCUGAUGCACAGAACAUCUGCAUGUUCCACGAUGAAUGCGUCACUAGAAAAGGACAGGUAGUCGGCGCCUGCAUGGAUGGAUUCUUAUUCGGAGCAUGCUGUCAAUUGCCCAAAGACACAAUGGUUGGGGAAUAUCUCGACCAAUCCUUACCAAUCGUCACAUCAGUUGACAAUUCGUUAUCAACGAAAGUAUCAGCUACCACACAUAGAACCACUCCUGUGUUUGCUGACAUACCUUCAAACAGCGUCUCGCAAAUUGCUGCCUCGUUGCUAACAGGCAACAGUCCACCAUUUUCAGGUAAUGCCGGACAAAAUAUCUUGCCCACUGGCGAUGAAAACUCAGUCGUUGAAAUCAGCGGAACUCCCAACUGGUCGACCACAGGAGUUACUCAUCCCCAUGGAGUUGAAACAAUCAUAAAUAAUGAAGAUAACGAAAUCAAACCGAUCUUUUUCAGUCCUACAAAGAAACCUAUGAGCAAUAUCAAAAAAACUACUAUGUAUUCAGAGCCAACCACGACAAGAUACGCUGACACAUAUCCUCCACCAAUAUUACAGAUUUCUGUAUCGAAUGCUCCUGUAGGGUACACACCUAUUCCUACUAUCCAAAAACCUAUAUUCAGGCCUAAACCGCCCAAACCUACUGAUCAAAACUACGUCUUGGUUCCAACGAUAACCCACGAUACAGCCAAGCCAAGCACACUCAAUGACGACGACAAUUUUGUCAAGAUUCAGAGCUCUAAUAAUCACACUAGUAGCACUGCAGAACCUCUGAUGACCUUCUCAUAUGUAUCAUCCAGUUCACCAUCAUCGAAUCAACCACCAGCAACAUCAAGAAAACCACCGUCAACAUCUUACAUCUUCAGUUCAACAAUUCCACCUAAAAGAACUCAUCCCACCAGCACCAAAAAGAAGAAACCUUCCAAGACCACAAUUAUAAACAAACUUUCGAGUACUAGUUCCAAACCUCCCAGUACCUCGUACGUUUACAGCUCGACUUUCAAACCGACCAAAGCAUCAAAACCGCAGAGCUCAUCUUAUGUGUACAGCUCAACAUUCAGGCCUACCACACUAGCUCAUUCCACCUGGGCCAACUCUCAGGAUGCUUUUCCAGGAUCCUCAUCAACGCCAAGCUAUGUUUAUGGAUCUGGAUCAACUAGGCCUGCUACAAUAAGUUCCAGCAUUGCCGGGCCUGGAUUCACUGUAACCUCGCAACCUCUGGGUCAGUAUUCGUCGUAUCCUAGUCCAGCACCUACGGUAAUCGUUUUGAACUCUGAACCUGAAGAAAACGAGGAUGGUUAUGUUGUGGAGUCUUCUUCGAGUUCUAUUCCGACAAGCACUACACCCAAACCUGCACAGUUUGGUAAUCUACCUCAAAGAAAGCCAGUGAAUCAUGUAACAAUCAACAAUCAUGUUACGCAGAAUAUUUAUAGUACUGAAAGGCCUUUAAUUAGUAGCAGUAUCAGUACAAGUCCUAAUACACCUUCUCCUACUGUCAUUAUAACUCCAAAACCUUCGAUUUCUUCUACUUACGCCCCAGCUGCUGUACCAGAGGACGGCGAUAGUGUUGUUGUGACCUCAGCAAAUGAUCUUAUCAAUUUCCCACCAGACAGGAACCCGAAUAUAUCACAUCCUGGAUUGAACGAGUUCGAUAUUACGACUCCAGGGUUUAUAGAAGAUGAAGCUAUGAAGGAGAAGGUUGAGUCCUUUGUAAAUCAGAUUAUUUAUGGUUUGCAAGGUCCCUUUAGUGACUUGAAGGAGAUAAUCAACGUUAAAAACACUACUAGUCUGUCUUCUAACUCUGUUACUACUAAGAGACCUGUUAAAAAGCCAGUAACGACAACUAAGAAGCCUGUAGUUAGGCCAAAUACCUUGAAAACCACUACAAAGAGGCCUGCAACUACAAGAAGGACUACUACCAGUGCGGCGCCGACUAAAAGGCAAACGACAACGACAAAGCGACCGGUAACUACGAAGAAGUCGCAAACGACUACGCAGAAUCUGAUAGAGACAGUGACAGAUUUUGACGUGAACUACAGAGAUGUUUGUGGCAUUAGGCCUCUAAUAAGGUCUGGAAGGAUAGUCGGAGGAAAAGGAGCCACUUUUGGAGAGUUUCCAUGGCAAGUAUUGGUAAGAGAGUCGACUUGGUUGGGACUGUUUACCAAGAACAAAUGCGGAGGCGUUCUAAUCAGUGACAAGUACGUGAUGACAGCCGCUCACUGUCAGCCAGCCAUAUUCGCCUCUCUGAUUGCCGUGUUCGGAGAGUUUGACAUUUCCGGCGACCUGGAAAGCAAGAAACCCGUAAGCAAAAACGUCAAACGAGUGAUAGUUCACAGGAAAUACGAUCCGGACACUUUCGAAAACGAUUUAGCGCUGCUCGAAUUGGAAAGCCCUGUUAAAUUUGAUGCUCACAUCAUUCCUAUAUGCCUACCAAGGGAUAAUGAAGAUUUUACUGGAAGGAUGGCCACUGUAACAGGUUGGGGCAGAUUAAGAUAUGGUGGAGCUGUACCAUCAGUCUUGCAAGAAGUACAGGUACCUAUAAUGGAGAAUCAUAUAUGUCAAGACAUGUACAGGACUGCUGGUCAUUCAAAAGUAAUACAAGAGUCGUUCCUUUGUGCCGGGUACACGACAGGAGAGAAAGACUCAUGCGAGGGUGAUUCUGGUGGACCUCUGGUAUUACAACGACCGGACACGAGAUAUGAACUGGCCGGCACAGUAUCGCACGGUAUCAAAUGUGCUGCACCGUAUCUACCAGGCGUAUACAUGAGGACAACGUUCUUCAAACCUUGGAUAACCAGUAUAACAGGCAUUCAAUAGAAAUAACAGAUUUAAAUUUGUAUAGUAUUAAAGAUUAAAAUGAGAUUAUUUUUGUUAAUUUUGCUCAAGAAUUUAUAAGAAAAGAGAUCAACCAUUAGAGCAGAAACCAUAAAAAUUCAAAUAUAUUUAGACAAAUGGUUUGUUCCAACAUAGCAGAGAAAAACCGUUCUUGGUACGGUUACGCUUUUUUUUUCGUACUAAAUAAUCAGUAAAUAUAUCUAAUAAAAUACAAAAUUUGUUAUUAAAACUUAUAAUUAAAAAUUAGGUUUUGAGUUUGAUUAGUACAACGGUACAAAUUUCUGUGUUGGAACAAACCCAAUUAAACAAUUUACAGCCUAUUUAUUAGACAGCCAGUCGACUUAAGGUCAUUUACCUAGCCUGUUCUUGUAUAAGUCUGACAAACGGAUCUGAAACAAUAAGGCAACGGUAAGGAAAACGCAGUUUUUAAAAAACAUGGCCGAUUUCGUUCAUAAAAUAUCCAGAGACGCGCGGUUUUUUAUCAAAAUAUGUUAAAUUGUAUAUACAGUUUGUUUAGCAAUUUGCUAAAUAACAAAACAAACAAAACAAACAACGCUUUAUUGUACAAAUAGCCAAAACAGCUUCAUCGACAAAGCACUC